AGCCCCGCCCUACUGCUCGUCAUGGCGCCUGUGGUGGAGAGACGGGGUUACUGGGGCGCUCCGACUUCAACCCUGGACUGGUGUGAGGAGAAUUAUGUCGUCUCAUUUUACAUCGCGGAAUUCUGGAACACAGUCAGUAACCUGAUAAUGAUCCUUCCUCCCAUUUACGGGGCGUUACGAACGUUUAAAAACAGACUCGAGGUCCGCUACGUGUUGUCCUUUUUAGGACUUGCAGCUGUUGGUGUCGGUUCUUGGUGCUUCCACAUGACACUACAGUAUGAAAUGCAGUUGCUCGAUGAGCUGCCGAUGAUCUACAGCUGCUGUGUCUUCGUUUACUGUUUAUAUGAAUGCUUCAAGCAAGAAAAUACCGUUAACUAUUUGCCAAUUGCACUCCUCCUCUUCUUCAGUGUUAUAGUCAGUGUGGUGUAUUUGCAGUGGAAGGAGCCGGUUUUUCAUCAGGUCAUGUAUGCUGUGCUGGUGGCGUUCUUAGUGUUCCGGUCUGUUUUCAUCGUCACAUGGGUGUAUCCGUGGCUGAGAGUGCUGUGCUACAUGUCCUUAUCCGUCUUCCUGCUGGGAUUUGUUUUAUGGAACAUCGAUAAUAUAGCUUGUGACACUUUAAGAGCCAUGCGACAGAGGCUGCCUCCUGUAGUUGGAGCAGUGACGCAGCUCCACGCCUGGUGGCACAUUCUCACAGGACUCGGCUCUUACCUGCACAUACUCCUCAGCCUCCAGAUUCGGACAACAUACCUCGAAUACAGACCGAAAGUCAAGGUGAGCACUGCCUCGGUGAGUUUCAGACCUCCAUCGAGGAGUCCAAGAUCAGUGUGGUGUCCAUGUUGAGAGACAUCUUUGGUGCUGGCUGUACCGCUCGUCUCCUGUGGAUCCAGACCUCGAUAUCAGUGUGUUUGCAGAAUGAAUCCCCAGUUUCUCUCACUAAAGAGAACGCUCGGUCAUCCAGUGCUCGAUAUCACACACUGGAGCCCACACUCUUCACACUGCUGUGACUCCUCCUGGAUUUAUCUCUCUUCUUUAUUCACUGCUCUUUUUCUGUCUGAAAAUGACUUGAUUAUCUGAUUAGCUACACACUGACCUGUCUGUCUGUCUCCCUGCAUGAUUUUUCUGUCUGAUCAUCUGUCCACCAUUUAACUGACUGACUGUCUGUCUCUCUCUCUCUUUGUCUGUCUGUGUGUCUGUAUUUUCAUUGAAGUUAUUGUCUCUCAAGUCAAGUCAACUUUGUCAAAUAUGCUAUACAUGCUCGACAUAGAGCACAGAUGAAAUUUCAGUCCUCUCUGACCCACGGUGCAAACAGGCAAUGCAAUAAAUACAAAUAGAAUAACUGAAAAACAAUAUAAACAGUAUAAACACUCUAGAUAAUAGACAGACUAACACACACACACACCUGUGUUUUUUUAUAUAUAUAUAUAAAAAAUCUCCUCACCCCCGGCGGGGGGUGGUAUCCAUGUCAUCCUCAAGCUCGGGUCCUCUACCAGAGGCCUGGGAGUUUGAGGGUUCUGCGCAGUAUCUUCGAUGUUCCUAGGACUGCGCUCUUCUGGACUGAAGCUUCAGAUGUUGUUCCUGGGAUUUGCUGGAGCCACUCUCCCAGUUUGGGGGUUACUGCCCCAAGUGACUACCACGGGGACCACGCAGCCCUUGACCUUCCACAUCCGUUCCAGCUGCUCUUUCAACCCUUGAUACUUCUCAAGUUUCUCAUGUUCCUUCUUCCUGAUGUUGGCGUCAGCUGGGAUCGCCACAUCUAUCACCACCACCCUCUUCUGCUCUUUGUCCACCACCACUAUGUCCGGUUGGUUAGCCAGGAUCUGUUUGUCAGUCUGGAAGCUGAAGUCCCACAGAACCUUGGCCCUGUUGUUCUCAGCCACCUUCUGUGGUAUGGCCCAUUGGGACUUGGGUACUUCUAUUCCAUACUGGUUGCAGAUGUUCCUGUAUACUAUCCCAGCCACUUGGUUGUGCCUUUCCAUGUAUGCUGAUCCAGCUAGCAUCUUACACCCUGCUACUAUGUGCUGGACUGUUUCAGGGGCUUCUUGGGUCUGAUCUACUCUGGUAGAUCCUGGCCUCUGUGGCUCUUGUGCUUAUGGCCUGUUCUUGUGCUGCCAUGAUUAGUGCCUCUGUGCUGUCUGUCAGUCCUGCAUUAUCCAGCCACUGGUAGGAUUUCUUGAUAUCAGCCACUUCCUCUAUCUGACGGUGGUACAUGCCAUGUAGGGGUUUGUCCCUCCAGGUUGUCUGUUCCUCCUCCUCCUCUGCCUUCUCAUCAGGGUUCUGCUGCCUGAGACAUUCACUUAGCAGUUCAUCCUUUGGGGCCAUCUUUCUGAUGUAUUCUCGGAUUUUCGAUGUUUCAUCCUGGACCGUGGUCUUGAUGCUCACUAGCCCUCGGCCUCCCUCUUUCCGCUUAGUGUAUAGUCUCAGGGUGCUGGACUUGGGGUGGAACCCUCCAUGCAUGGUGAGGAGCUUUCGAGUCUUGAUAUCUGUGGCUUCUAUCUCCUCCUUUGGCCAGUUUAUGAUACCAGCGGGGUAUCUGAUGACUGGUAGUGCGUACAUGUUGAUGGCUCGGACCUUGUUCUUACCAUUCAGCUGACUUUUCAGGACCUGCCUUACUCUCUGGAGGUAUUUGGCUGUGGUUGACUUCCUUGUGGCCUCUUCAUGGUUUCCAUUAGCCUGUGGGAUGCCAAGGUACUUGUAGCUGUCUUGGAUAUCACCUAUGUUGCCCUCUGGUAGGUCAAUCCCCUCAGUCCGGACCAUCUUGCCUCUCUUUGAGACCAUCCGGCCACACUUGUCCAAUCCGAAUGACAUCCCUAUGUCAUCGCUGUAGAUCCGGGUGGUGUGGAUCAGCGAGUCUAUUUCUCGCUCGUUCCUGGCAUACAGCUUGAUGUCAUCCAUGUAGAGCAGGUGGCUGAUUGUUGCCCCACUACGGAAUCGGUACCCGUAGCCGCUCUUCGUGAUGAUCUGACUGAGGGGGUUCAGGCCUAUGCAGAACAGCAGUGGUGAUAGCGCAUCUCCUUGGUAUAUGCCGCACUUGAUGUUGACUUGGGCAAUGGGUUUUGAGUUGGCCUCUAGGGUUGUCUUCCACAUUUCCAUUGAGUUCUGGAUGAAGGUCCUGAGGUUCCUGUUGAUCUUAUACAGUUCCAGACAUUCCAGUAUCCAUGUGUGUGGCAUUGAGUCGUAGGCUUUCUUGUAGUCAAUCCAGGCAGUGCACAGGUUGGUCUGUCUCUUCUUACAGUCUCGGGCGACUGUUCUAUCGACCAGUAGCUGGUGCUUGGCUCCUCUGGUGUUACUGCCAAUUCCUUUCUGUGCCUCGCUCAUGUAUUGAGCCACAUGCUUACUCAUUUUUGCCGCAAUGAUGCCUGACAGGGCCUUCCAUGUUGUGCAGAGACAGGUAAUUGGCCGGUAGUUGGAUGGGAUGGGACUGUCCUGCCUUGGGUUAGCCAUUCUGGGUGGGUCCCAUCCCUGGUUCAUCUGUGCUGCUAGGCGUUCAUGGAGUGCAGUUAGCUUCUUCAGCCAGUACGUAUGGAUCAUAUCGGGGCCUGGUGCUGUCCAGCUCUUCAUCUUUGACACUCUUUCUUGGACGUCUGCCAUUGAGAUGGUUACUGGUUCUUGUUCUGGGAGGUUACUGUGGUCAGCUCUUAGGUCCACUAACCAUUGACCGGUUGUUGUUCCCCUGCUGGUUCAGUGGAGAACAGCUUGUUUAUUCUCCUCUCCCUCCUUGGUGUAUCUCUUCAACCGGGUGGCCAGAGCUGCUAGUCGCUGGUAUGGAGAGUGAGUUGUACUUCCUGGGUGCCCCUUUAUUCACCAUGUUCCCUUUCUGUAGUUCAGCUAGCUGGCUAACUUCUCUCCGUGCUGCCUUUAUCUUGGCCUCUAAUCGUCUCUUCCAUGGUGGAUACUGUUUAUGUCCCGAGCCCACCUUGUGUCCAAGCAUCUCCAUGAUUACUGUUGCUGUACUGUGUAUCAGCUUGUUGGUCUCAGUGAUGGUUCUUGUGGAGAUUGUCUUCAGAGCAGCAUUCACAUCUACUAGUAGAUCUUCUGAAGGUACUUGGCAAUUCAGCUUUAGUAUUCGUCGGGGGCUCCAGGUUUCCAGUUGGGUCACGAUCUUCCUUCUCAGGUCAGCAGCUCUUGUGUUGAGGCUUAGCUGUUGGGGCUUGGUACCCAAUCUCUGGUUGUGGGGAUGAUGACACCUCCCCGCUGACCUGUCUUGCUGGCAUUGUUGUUGUAUUUCAUUAACCCUUUGGUGACUGACCCCUUGAAAAUCGUUCCUCCAGGAACGAUGACGUUUCAGUUGUCAAGACAACGGAAAAACUAAAACUAAAGUUACAACGUUUAUCAACAAAACAAGUUACAACAAAAUCUUUCUGUUUUGUAUUUUAGUUUUUCCGUUGUCUUGACAACUGAAACGUCAUCGUUCCUGGAGGAACGAUUUUCAAGGGGUCAGUCACCAAAGGGUUAAUCUCUAGUUGUGAUAGUAGAUUUCGAUUACGGAUGUUGGAACACUGGGCUAAUAGCUGUUUCUUUGUUAGAAUUGAUUGUGGGUUUCGAAGUAUCCAAUGGUCCCACAUUCGCUGCAUGUAUCCCCUCUCUCUGGGAUUGCUUGUAUAGUAGCAUUCCAGCAAAUCCGUAUUUUCUGUCCUCGUCCAUCGAUGUCUUGUUCCAGUAGCCCAUUUCUCAUCAGUUUGCCCUGGUUCCCUAGCAACUGAUGCAGACCCUGUUGACCCGGGCGACGUCUGAGCCGGUAUGACUCUAUCAGUUAUGUCUUCACUCAUUCCUGAGGUAGGCUGAUAUAUCAUGAGGGGUCUUUCUGGAUGAUGUUUUGCCCCAACCGGGAUUCGAACCCUGAUUUCCCGCGUCAUAGUCAGUGAGCGUUACCACUGUACUAUCCAGCUGAUAUAUAUAUUUUAUUACACACACACAUUUUAUAUAUAUAUACCAUAUACAUUGGAGCAAAAGGACAUAGGUCUCUCUGUCUAGUUAACGGAGUUUUACCUUUUAUCUGCUUUUGUCUCUUCAAUGAACUGCCUGCAUCACUGGAUGUUUUGUCUUCCCAUCAAACUGUCUGUCUCUCUGUCAGUGUACUGAACUCAUCAUUUAAUUGAACUGAUUUUCCUUUUGUCUUUCUCGCUGUCUGUUUUUAACUGAUACUUUUGACCAUUUGUCUCUGUCUGUCUGAUUUCAGCGAUUGUGUCUCCUUGUCUGUCUUCCUGCCUUAUUGUUUUGAGCGUCUCUUUCUGUAACUGUCUGCUGUUCUGUGGUUCUUCUCUUUCUGUCUCCUGAUGAUUAUCUUCAGUAAAAAUGAUCUGUAAUUGAACUGUGUUCUCAUCAGAGAGACCGGUUACCAGAUCAUCUCCUCAAUAGAUUUCCUGUCCCUCUAAUUCUCUGAUCACUUCAUUCCCUUCAUGCAGUUCCUCAUAUAUAUAUUUUUUUCUCUGUCUCAGUUCCUGUGUGGUGUUUGGCCUGUGCUACAGGUCGAGUCCCAGAAGAUGAGUUGAGGAUGUGGUGAGGGGAUGAACACAGCAGCGGAUCACAGAGCUCACGCGCUGUGAAGCCUGGCUCCAUGCCCGGCCCGCUCAGGGAAGGGAGCAGCAGCUGGAUUUACCCACAAUUCCCUCCUUCAGUUUGCCGAGUGUCGUUUGGAGAGACUUUCCCAACUGUGGAAAAGUUUCUGCUUGUGUUGAUUUUAAAUAUUGAUAUAAGAUCAGAGCUUUGUGGAAGGAGACAGGUUUAUUUUUGCACACUGCUGACAUACGAUCCCCUCCGCUGCCACACACUCGCAGACGAACCCUCCAUCCACACCAGGAAGUGACAAAACAAUGGCUCAUGGUUUAUUCUCCACGUACAGGCAUUAUGGGAAACAAAUAAAACUUGGAAGGACAUAGCAGAGAUGUUUUGUGCCUCCAGUAAGAGCAUGUUACUCAUGCAAUUCGUUUACUUUCUUAAUCUGUUAAUGAGGGUCGUAUAAAGUUAAGCAUGUAACAUAAUCAUCAGCUUCAUUUUGGUGGCCAUCAUUUCUUACGGGAGCUCGAGAGAUUUGUUGUUUUCUAGUGUAAACUUAGAAUCAGUGGGUGGAGAUGUCAGAGUGUGAUUAUUACUGGUGUUUUUUUUUUUUUUUUUUUUAAAUAUAUAUCUACCUAGGAAUGAUGUAAAAUCUUGAUAUUGAUUGCAAAUCAUGUCUAAUCAUUAUCCACUUGACCACUAAUACACACAUUUCAGCUCAACGUCGCUAUUUUUAAAAAUAGCAGUUAUGUUUUGUCGUCUCCGCUGUGGCCGUCUUCGUGAUUUAGUUUAAGCCGUCUUGCUGUUUUUAAUGAUCGUAAAAGGUGAAAGUGAACGGGGUUUGAGGUUGGGGAUGGCCUCACUGGCGUCGUAUGGAAAUGGUCAGAUUGAACUCUUGAAAUCAACUGGAGUUGAUGAUUUUUAAACAAACCUGUUAGCCUGCGUUUCUUUUGGGUACUGGAUCCUUGUCUGUGAAGGAAUUGACUGAAUUCAUUAAUUUCACUUUGUGCUCCUGCGCAGGAAUACUGUAAGCUACUUUGCUAGCGUUUUCUUAAUGAAUGUAUGGACUUCAAUUAGGGAUGCGUUUAUACUGAUAUUGGUGUCGGCCAUCAGUCAGAAACUGAUUUAUUCCUCAAAAAACAUGGCAUGGUUGUUUAAAAUGAGCACGUGGUGCUGUGGAUUGUACACGUGGGAAGAUAUCCACAGGAGAGCACUUCAUUACUGCGAGCACUGAGACACGCCUCCUUUCCCCUCGCUCGUCAGCGUCAGCACUUUGCUCGGGUCAGGGUGCAGCUCACGGCUCUCCAUUUUAAUCACCGCGCUGACUGAUGCCACCGUCAUGCCUUCGCACUUUGUAUUAAUGGGAUUGUUUAAAGGCCAGAACAUCAGAGUUUAAACUCAGCAGGAGUUCAUUUCAAACAGCACACACAAACGCCGCUGAGUAAAACGUUCCACGGCUUCUCUGAUUGGUCAGGACUAAACCCGGUACUCAUUCCAUUUUCAGUACUAAGGCAUCAAACUCAUUCACAAUGGUAUCGAUGCAUCCCUAAUUUCAUCCUCUGAUAUUUAUGAUGUUUUGAGUUUCUAAUCUGUGACAACUGUCAUUAAUUUUUCUGUAGUUGUUUUUAAUUUAUAUACACUACUGGUUUUUGUCUUCCUUGUGAGGCAUUUUAUGAAGGAAUGGUCGCUCGUGAAGUGAUGUGCAAUUGCUGUUUGAAAAACAGACUAAUUAAUUAAUCUCUCCAUUUCAUCGUUCUGUUCAACACUGAGUAAAUGAUACUAAUUGGGAAAGUAAUUCAUUUAGGAAACCAAUUAGUUGUCCAUUGUCAGUUCUCUCCUCUAUGCACAAACUUUUUUUGGGGGGAAUCCUGACCCAACGUAAGCUGCACAUCGAAAGGGAAUUGACCUUAAUUUCACUUCUGAAGCACUACAGUGCCUGUUUAUGCACAAGGCUCCCGUCUUACCUCCUGCUCAAAUCCUGUUCAGUUACUUGAAGUUGCAGUGUGAAUGGUUGGAAACUGGUAUAGAUGUGUAUAAUAUCUGUUUUUGUACUCGUACAGUGGAGGAGGAUACAUGGUGUGUUGUGUCUUCAGCUGUGUGUCACUAUAUGAAGCUCCAGUGUAAUAUUGAACGUAUAACCCACCUGCCCUGCUGCUUUGGUUCGAGUGGACCUGCUGAUAUCACGGUGCCUUAUUUAGAUUUAGUCCUCGCGCAACAUCACUAGGACUCUGUAUUACCACACAUUACCUUUUCUUGAUGUUGACUCCAUCCUCCUGGUGGUGAGGGCCAAGGCAAAUAAAGAACAAACGGAAUUACUGCCAACGCUGUUCCUGUGCCAUCUUGUGAAGGCAUCGGUCCUUCUGUAAAAUCACUGACCAUAUCCUGGUGGAACCACAGCACAAGCUCCUGUCUGGAAGCGUUACGUUUCCUUCAACUGCUGAAUGUUGAGUCAUUUCAGAAUUGUUCAAUUAAACUUGGUGUAGUUGGAA